UAACGUCACUAACGUCAAUAAUUUUGUUUGGCGAUUGUAAUUUUCUACACUCAUGUUUUCUUUUCAUUUCCCUUAGUUUUCCUUUUCAAUUUAGUAUUUAGAUGUAGUGUGUAAUGUAUAGUGUUAGUUAGUGAUGACAAUGGAAAGGAGGAUAAAGCUCAAGACCCUGAACAGCCACAUCACCUGCAAGAUCUGCCGAGGGUACUUCAUCGACGCGACGACCGUCACGGAGUGCCUACAUACGUUCUGCAAGAGCUGCCUGGUGAAGCACCUAGAGGAGAACAAUACGUGUCCAACAUGCAACAUAGUGAUCCACCAGUCCCAUCCGCUGCAGUACAUCAGCUUCGACCGCACCAUGCAAGACAUUGUCUACAAACUGGUGCCUGACCUGCAGGACAAUGAAAUAAAAAGGGAGAGAGAUUUCUACCGAGCUAGAGGGCUACCGUGCCCCAAAGAUGCAGCUCUAGCAGCUGACAAACCAGGUGCGGGAGAUGAACAGGAGCAGCCGGAUAACACUGACUCACAUAGGAAAGAUGAACAGGUUAACGUCUGUUUAGAAUGCAUAUCUACAUCGCUGCGUACGUUAAAACGCAGCUUUAUCAGGUGUUCAGCGCAGGCCACUAUAACGCACCUUAAGAAAUUUGUAGCUAAAAAAGUAUUGAAUGGAAUGGACAAGUAUAGAGAAAUCGACAUCCUGUGCAACGAUGAGCUGCUGGGCAAAGACCACACGCUGAAGUUCGUGUACGUCACGCGCUGGAGGUUCCGCGACCCGCCGCUGCGGCUACAGUACCGGCCCAAGAUCGACCUGUAGACCAACCCCGGCAUGCACGCACGGUAUGCACGCACGCACGCACGGCAUGCACGCACGCACGGCAUGCACGCACGCACGCACGGCAUGCACGCACGCACGCACUCGAUCUCGAUUGACUACUUGAAACAACACAUUUGUCCAACGGCAGUUAGUUUUAUUGAGAUGUAAAAAACAAAACAAAUAAUAGCUAUUUAAAUGUUUUUAUACUGUAGUACAAACCUACUUAAAUGCCAUGAAUUGCUGAUAUUGAAAGAAAAGUGAGAGUUUAAUAUUUAAUAAAAAAGUUGGAAUUAUCUCAAAAUUAUCAAAGUCAGUUUUGCUGAGUCAGGAUGAUUUUUGUCUAAAUUGGCUCGGGUUUGAUGUGAUAGGAGGGUUCCACCACCCGUUGCCCCAGCAAUGCGAAGACGCAAUGUUCCAAUCGUCACUUACCAUCCGAUGAGAUUGAGUUAAGCUUUAAUCGGGUUUGUACUAUAAUAUAAAUUGAUAGUACCAGAUGACCAUUGAAAGUAUACAUACUGUAAAAAUAGAUAGAUAUCGUUAUAACAGUAAGUUCCAUCAGAAUCGGUGUAGUAGAAGUUAAGUCGUCCUUUCCUGUCAUAAAGGUACAGUUCCACUAGUUUUCUAAGAUAGAAACAUUUUAGCCAAUGAGAACGCACCCGCCAAAAUCUGCCUCCGCCAUUGGAUGCUGCUUACACAAACGUUAUAAGCGAGACAGCACGUGUCUAAUAUCGAAUCGAAUAUUUUAAAUGUAACACAAAAAAUUGGUGGAACUGUACACGAAUAUUUAUAAAGUGAAAACAUUACUAUUAAGGAUAUAAUAAAUUGAAAAUUAGUAACUUUUUAUACGUUUAGCUAAUAAGGAGCGAAAUGCGGAACGCACAUUGCAGUCGAUAUAUGGAUUAUUACUUUCCGAUGUUAUUUUGGCAGUUCUUCGUCUGAAAUGCAUUAAGUAUACGUGUUUUUGCCCGCUCGACUUAAAUAUACUAACAUUUUGUUCGUACAAAAUGUUCUUUUUUAUACGAAGGGCUCAUGCCCUACUUAAAUAAAAAAAACCAUUUAAAACUUUUUCACUGUCAAAAUAACAUUGGAAAGCAUAUUUAUACAACUAUUUAGUAUUCAUACUGAAUUCGAAUAACGAAUUCCGAUCGCCAAAGAAAUGCGGAUGACGUCACGUCUCCAUUACUGAAUAUCGCGCCACCGGACUCCCGAUGUGCGUUUUGCCUCAUUUGUUACUCCGUGUUUAGUUGUUACUAAACUAAAUUUUAUUAAUGAAAAUAAUAUUUUUGGGACUUCGUAGUCGAGCAUGGAAUGCUUAUAGCUUCGUGAUCUCCUUCGUCUGUAGAGCACAAGAAUUUUAUUGAGCAUCCAUUGAAACUGUAACGCUUAAAAUUGAUAUAGAGAGACAAACAUCAAUAGCAAAAACAUUUUUGUUUUAAAAAAAUACUAUUUAAUUUAGAUUAAAAGUAUUUGUGGUCACGACUACGGUACCCCUGCGUGUCCCAACACGCAAUUGACCAGUUAUUUAGUUCAGAUUUUGUUAUUUUGUUUUAUGGAAGUAUUUUUUUUUUGUUAUAUUGCAAUGUGUCUUUUUUAUACUGGCCCAGGGCCGUGACUCUGUAGCAUUCAAAAUCUGACUUGUUAUGAUUUGGAUGCUAUAGUCAGUGUCUGCACGCUUCGCAAUCUAAGUCGUUUUUGGGUAUAGAAACAUGUAAUGCACUAAUUAUAUUUUACAAACGAAGUGCGCAUAAGUAGUUAACAUUUACUACUUAUGCGGUUAAAACAAGAGUAUAUUCUAUUUUACUGAGUCGUUAAGUGGUUCGACACAUGAAAAGGACUCUAUUGCAAGCGUGCUAAUCUCAUACAGGGAUACAGUUAAUCCCUGAUUUAUCACGAAUCAGUCAACGAUUUGUUUAUGUUAGAAAAUGUAUAGAAACCAAUUAUUUGAAUAAUUGUAAGUGAAAUAUAUUAUUUGACUACA